AUGAAUUUCUUAACGAUCAAGGCGUUAGAAAUAAUGUUUCUCAUCAUUAAUAUAAAGGAAGCCCUUUCUGCAUCUGAGAAAGAGAUGCAAAUUAUUAUUGACGUUGUGAAUUCAUAUGAAAAGCCAACCGAUGUAGUAGCUAUAGUUUGUUGGCGAAAAUAUUUGAAAUUUAGUUUCGUUAAUAAGUUGCGAAAACUUGAAAAACCAAAAAGAGUAUUAUUUAUUACAAAACAUGAAGUUUGCGAAAAUAAAUUGCCGAGUAAAAACUUGAUCUUCAUUACUGAUACACGCUGCCCAAAUAUCAAAGACAUACUGUUUAAUGCAAAUUCAUGUAAUAAAUUCAAUAAUCCUAACCGCUGGAUUAUUUUGGGAAAUAUGCUUAUUAAAAAUAAUGAAAUAACGCAUGACUUUACAAAUUUGAACAUAAUGAUCGAUUCCGAAGUGAUUUUAUUGCAGCUGUAUGCUAAAAUUUUUAAAUUAUACAUGCCGUACAAAAUUGGACCAAAGAACAAUGGAUGGAUUAUAGAAAGCUUUGCCACCUGGGAUCCAAUACAUGGUCUUAAUAAGUCCAAAGAAAUUGACAUCGCUACUUCAGUCAGACGUAAAGAUCUGUCAAGAGAACCAAUAACUAUGUCAGUUGUAGUUACAGAAAACAUGACCAAAUCUGAGUUACCAGAGAUACGGAAUAUCCACAGAGAUACUUUAGCAAAGUCCAGUUUUCUUCACUAUAUGCCAAUAUACGAUUUCACAAACGCAACAAUGGCUAUUAUUUAUGCGGAAACAUGGGGUUACUUGUUAAAUGGUACGUGGAACGGUAUGGUCGGGGACGUAGCUCAAGGCAAAGCUGAGUUUGCAGGCACUGUAAUGUUCAUUACAAAAGAACGGUUGCCGGUAUUAGAAUACAUGAACUCCCCGUCCUCGACUUCAGUGAAGUUCGUGUUCCGUGAACCGUCACUAUCAUACGAAAACAAUUUGUUCCUGUUGCCAUUCAAGCCAGUUGUAUGGUAUUGCAUCGUUGGACUAGUGUUUCUUUUAAUGUUCAUUCUCUUCAUUAAUGCGCGAUGGGAGAAUGUUAAAUCUUGCAACAAAAAUAAGAUAGACCAUACCAUACUACAACCAAAUGUAAGCGACAUUGCUAUUAUGGUUAUAAGUGCUAUAUCACAGCAAGGAAGUUCAACGGAACUAAAAGGUCAGUACAUAUUAAAAUGCACUGCGCGAUUCAGUACUGUUCUACCACGGCUCACUUUGUAUUUGGAUGCUACAGGCUCUCUCGGACGCGUCGUGAUGUUCAUACUAUUUUUUACCUUCGUGUUCCUGUACACGUCGUAUUCUGCAAGUAUUGUGGCUUUGCUGCAAUCGACUUCUAACCAAAUCCGCACUCUAUCGGACCUCCUCAACUCAAAGCUAGAACUUGGUGCAGAGGAUAUAGUUUACAACAGAUAUUUGUUUUCGACUGCUACAGAACCAGUCAAAAAAGCGAUUUAUCAAAAUAAGAUCGCUCCGCGUGGUUCAAAGGCAAAUUUCAUGAAACUAGAGGACGGAGUAAGGAAACUUCAAAAGGAACCAUUUGCUUUCAAUAUGAACACUGGGCUGGGAUACCGGUUAGUGGAACAAUAUUUUUAUGAACAUGAAAAGUGUGGUCUUCGUGAAAUUUCGUAUUUCGUAAACAACAAACCAUGGCAAACUUGCCGAAAAGACUCUCCUUAUAAAGAAAUAUUCAAAAUAGGAUCGUUCAGAAGUCAAGAGCAUGGUUUUAAUGUACGUAUAAAUAAAAUCGUGUACUCAAAAAAGCCAAUAUGCAUUGCUAAGGGCGGAAAGUUCGGUUCUGUCAACAUGACAGAUUUCUACCCGGCGCUGUUAACGUUACUCUACGGGAUAAUAUCAGCCUUAGUUAUUUUGCUGUUUGAAAUAUUAGUACAUAGAAAGCAAUUCAAGGGGAAGUCUUAA